UGGUAGACUGAGCCGCACCGUGAAGGGGGCCGUCCCUGUUGGUGGAGAUCAGCCCGAGGAAGGCCCACCUAGUGAUCAUUUGAAGAUAUCUCCCAUUUAGACGAUAGGGAAGACUCGACUGUGCGACGGAAUCAUAAGGGGACAAGUCGAAGGCAAUUUGUACAUAGCUCGGCCAAGAUGGAUGUGUUUAUGAAGGGUUUGUCUAAAGCGAAAGAGGGGAUGGCUGUGGCUGCCGAGAAGACCAAGGAGGGAGUCGCGGUCGCAGCAGAAAAGACUAAAGAAGGAGUCAUGUUUGUAGGUAACAAGGCCAAAGACAGCGUGGGCUCAGUGGCGGAGAAGACCACUGGAGCUAUGGGGAACAUCGUAGCUGCCACUGGUCUGGGGAAGAAGGACGAGUUCCCCUCUGACAUGAACCCUGAGGAGUAUGGGCAGGAGGCCAUGGAGGGCCAGGGAGAGGCAAUGCUGGAGCCAGAAGGAGAGACAUAUGACGAGACCCAGCAGGAGAGCCAGGAUUACGAGCCAGAAGCGUAAAAGCAUCAGUCCAACCCACCAUCCAACCAGCAGCACAAUAAUAUUUCUAAUAAUAAAAAGGACAAAUCUUAAAACUAUUAUAAUCAUACCCCUGUUGCAAAAAACAACAAAAACGACAAGCAUUCCCACUGAAAAAUGUUCUUCCUUCAAGACAAAUCUUUUAUUAUUAUAUAUUGUAAAUGUCAUGUUAUUAAUGUAAUGUGUUGGGUGUAAGUAUUUAUUGAGGUGUAGGAUUUCUCCUCUCAGUCUCAUUUCCUUGAUUCCCUCCCAAUGAAAUGAGACUAGAGCCAGGGCUUGUGACUUUGUACUUGUGUGUAUGUGUAUUUAGAAAUGUGCAAUAGAUGUUCAUCAUCUUCCAAUGAGACAUUGGGAGAGGAAAAAAUAAAUAUGUCCGGUUGCAAACAGAUAUGAAUACAAUAAUAUCCCCUAAGUGUCAACAAAGCCUGUUUGUGGGUCUUUUCUUUUUUGCAUUUCUUUGGAGAUUUCUUUGAAUGUUUUUGAAGUAAGAGUUUUUUACAUUGUAUCUUUAUAGUUGCUUGUGAAAUCAUUCCAGUAAACUAUCUGUUAGAAAUGGACAGAGUAUACA